AGAAUAAGCUGGUUGCGCUGCUGUGCUGCAAGUUCUGCGAUAAUGUGCUGUGUGCCCGAGGCAUGAAGGCUGUCCUCCUGGCUGACACAGAGAUGGAACUUUAUUCUACUGAUAUCCCCCCAACAAGGGCCGUGGACUUUGUUGGAAAUUGCUACUCCACAGAAAGCUGCAAAUGUAAAAUAAAAGACAUUGCAUGUUUAAAAUGUGGUAAUGCUGUUGGCUACCAUGUGGUUGUCCCUUGCAAACCGUGUUUGCUUUCCUGUAACAAUGGCCAUUUCUGGAUGUUUCACAGCCAGGUGAUCUAUGCUGUCAACAGACUGGAUUCCUCUGGUAUUGAUUUGCUUCUGUGGGGGAAUUUACCAGAUACAGAAGAUGAAGAGAAUGUAUAUAACCUAUCUGAUGAUGAGUGUAUCAGAUGAUGUAACAAAG